UGUUUCUUAGAGAUGCAGGGCGUAUGAGCAGUUCAUGAGCACUUCUUCAGCAACAGGAGCAGGAAUGGCUUGGCAGAACAAUCAAAAUCGCUUACAGUUUCUCUUUGAAUAUACAACAGUCAGUUAUGUGGGCACGCACAAUAAGAAAAUCGGACUUCUGUACAGAAUAUUUCAACUCACCAUAAUGGGAUAUCUCAUUGGAUGGGUAUUUUUGAAAAACAAAGGAUACCAGGUAAAAGAUGAUACUAUUGAGAGUUCUGUGGUAACUAAAGUUAAAGGAGUUGCACGUGUCAACACAAUAGAUUCAAAUUUGUGGGGACCAGAGGACUAUGUUUUCCCCAACCAGGGUGAGAACUUUCUCUCUAUACUAACCAAUUUCAUCGAGACAAAAGAACAAACAUUAGGCAACUGUUCAGAGAACCCAGAUGUAGCGAAUAACGAUUGCUCUAAGAAUGAAGAAUGCACAGCGGGAGAGGCUGUUAGGGCUGGAAACGGAAUUAAAACUGGCGUUUGUUUGAUACCCAACGGCACUUGUGAAAUAUAUGGCUGGUGUCCCACUGAAAGACAAAGGGAACCAGACCCUGCCAACAUUGUGAGAGAAGCUGAAAACUUCACUUUGUACAUAAGAAACUUCAUUAGAUUUUCCCGGUUCAACUUCUCAGCGUCAAAUGUUCCAAAGGAAAACAGAAAAUUGCUUUUCAAACGCUGCACGUAUGAUGAAACUCUUCACCCGUACUGUCCUAUAUUUCGCCUGGGAGAUAUCGUGAACAAAACUGGACAUAAGUUUGAAGAACUGGCUUUAAAGGGUGUUUCCAUUGGGGUUCUGAUUGAGUGGCUCUGUGACCUUGAUAAAGACACAGAGUGUCGUCCUCACUACAGCUUUGUAUGUCUGGACAAAGUUUCAUUUGACUUCAGAUUUGCUCGCUAUUCCACUGAUGCUGCAGGAAAGAGGCAAAGAACAUUUUACAAAGCUUUUGGAAUUCAUUUGGACAUCAUGGUGUGUGGAGUGGCAAGAAGAUUUAAUAUUAUUCCCACGAUUGUCAACAUAGCCUCUGCUCUGACUUUAAUGGCUGCUGGUUCUUACUUCUGUGAUAUUAUGCUACUGUACACGAUGAAGAAGAGGAGUGUUUACACAGAGUCGAAGCUUGACCGAGUGACAACGAAUGACAAAGAAAUUCCAGUACAAAUAAUGCCAGAGGGUCUGAAGAGAAAAUUCAGUUUAUGAAAAUUACAAUAAUAGUAAUGAGAGAACAGGCUUACACACACACACA